CGCUUGCGACUCCACUAAUAAUUGUGAUGAUUCAGGUGGUACUGUGUCACCGAAAUCACCUGAAGAUGAGAGCUCGGAAAGUCCAUCAAGUCAGCAUACCCAGGACCUGAAGAGCGUCCUGGUCACCAGCGUUUUAAACCUGGAAAAGCUCAACGUAGACCUGUACAGAGGGAUGCACCACUGGGUGCCCCGCACCCAGCGUUUGUUUGGGGGUCAAAUAGUUGGCCAGGCCCUCGUUGCUGCUGCCAAAUCAGUCGGAGAUCAUUUCUAUGCUCAUUCUCUCCACUGCUACUUUGUACGAACAGGGGAUCCAAAGGUUCCAGUGCUGUACCAGGUGGACCGCACAAGAGAUGGUCGCAGUUUUACAGUACGCUCUGUGAAAGCCAUCCAGCAUGGGCACCCGAUAUUUAUCUGCCAAGCGUCCUUCCAACUGCUGCAGCCAAGUCCCCUGCAGCACCAGUUCACCAUGCCACAGGUCCCUCAGCCUGAAGACCUCCUCACUGUAGAGGAGCUUAUUCAUCUUUAUCUCAGUAAACCAGACCUGGCAGAUAAAUCAAGACAAGGCCUUAACAAACUGCUGGCUAAUGAGGUCGCCAUUGAGAUAAAGCCAGUCAACCAACUGCAUUGUUACAGACAUGCUGCAAGUGAGCCGAAGAAGCUGUUCUGGGUGCGAGCACGAGGAUAUAUUGGUGAAGGCAACAUGAAGCUGCAUUGCUGCGUUGCUGCUUAUGUAUCAGACUUUGCAUUCCUGGGCACGGCGCUGCUGCCUUAUCCCAACUACAGGGCGCACUUCUCAGCCUCCCUGGACCACGCCAUGUGGUUCCACAACACUUUCCGCAGUGAUGAGUGGAUGCUGUAUGAGUGUGAGAGCCCAUGGGCAGGUCAGGUUGUUGUUCACUUUCUGUCUGCUGUACUUCAUUUUGUUCUGUCUGUCUCAGCACCUCAAUUUGACCUUUUCCACUGCAGGAACUUUAAGACCCACAACCUGAUGCUUUGCAUAACCUGAACCUGUAAGAUCCCUUCAGAUUUAGUUUCUGCUUUGUUUUUCCAGUGUGUUACAAACAAACCUGACUGUU